AUGCCUCGCCUGGCACGGCACUUUGUGGAGCUCUUUGUCCCGGAGCCGGCGGAGGAGGAUGUCAAGAAGAUUUUCAUGGAAGUUUCCCGACAGAUACUGCAGGUAAACGGUGCCGGCGAUGGCCUUGUCGCUGCCUUCUCUGCUCACCAGGAAGGCUCGAGCUCUGCGCGCCGAUACAAAGUCGAGGACGCACUGGCGCUGGCCACCCUCCAUCUGUCGAAGCUGAUGAAGGAUGUCUUGCGACAACAUGCACCUGCGAGGUUGGGCAUAACGAGUCUCAGGGAUGUGGCUCGGCUACUGCAAGGCGUGGCUCGAGCAGCCCCGCAUCACUUUACUGAGAAGAUUCAACUCGCAAAGCUUUGGGCACAUGAGGCACUGCGGACCUUCGAAGACCGCAUCACUACAGAUGCAGGUCAGCGUCGCUUUCGGGAAGUUCUCUCACAGCAGCUGGAGACCUACUUCGGCAUGGAGCCAGCUUUGGAAGGCCUCUCCUUCCGCUUGGACACGAGCUCUGGUCGAUACGUCGACUCCGACUCCCAGGAAACCAGGCUUCUUGACAGCCUGACGGAGAUCUUGCAUGACCUGAAUGGGAAGACAGCCGAGAAAGGCGUUGCAAUACCGUUGCGGCCUUUCGGCGACCUCUUGCAGCAUGCGCUGCGGGUGGCUCGUGUGCUGCUGAUGCCUUCAGGCCAUAUGCUUUGCAUCGGUCCAACAAAUUCUGGCCGGAGGACAGCCUGCUUAGUCGGAGCCCGGCUAGCAAAUGCAGAAGCCACAGACGUGGUGUCAAAGCUGGCGCUGAGGCCUCCCGCAGAUAUCGAGGAAGAGUUCUUCGCCAUUCUCCGAAACAGCAUGAUCCGUGCAGCCACACUGGGUGAACGACAGCUGUUGGUACUUCAGCUGGUCAACGGCAUCAAGCCAUGGGAGGCUCUCCUGGAGCGCUUUCUGGACACUUUUCACACCAUCGCUCGCCACGGAGAUGUGCAAGGAGCCUGGACGUCAGAGCAGCAGGAGGUCGCCCUCAAAGCGCUGGCCAAUGAUGAGAACUUUCUGCAGGAAUCACAGCACUUCGGGCGCUGGCUGGCCUUCGUCCAAUUCUCACGCAAGGCGCUCCAUACAGUGCUCGUAGCGCAGGACACGGACUGGGCCGUUUCGCGUCCAGGGUACCUGAACUGCGUCCACGUCGAUUGCUAUGCGCCACUGGUAGAGGAGGCGUUGAUCGGUGUGGCAUCCAUGAUGACAGGUAUUGACCGCGACAUGUCGCACAAGGACUCCAACUUCAGCACUCUGCAGGUGGCAAAGGCGGUCUCCGCUUGCAAGGAGCAGAGCGACUUCGUGCACGGGAAUGAGCCCUUCUGCAUGAACAUUUGCUCGGCUUUGGACGGGCUUCCCGGCAUCUACGAGCUGGUGCCGAAGGUUGCGACUGGUCAUGUCCCGGCAAUGGGCGACUUCGUCGACCUUGUACAUGGCUUCGUUCUCAGCUGCACGGCUGCGAUUGCAAGAUCUCGAGCCUUGCGAGAGCGGCUGCUCCGCGUCAGUGAAUCGCUUCUGCAGGUCAUUCAUGUCGUUGAGGAGUUUCUGGGCCCAGUCAAGGAAUGGCUUGACAAGCGGCGCUUGCUGCGGGACGAGGCUGGCAAGCUGGCGCUGCAGAUCACCGAAGCGCAAGCCGAGGUCGGCCGGAAGCAGCUGGUCGUCGACCAGGACUCGGAAGCCGUGGACCUCUCGGAGCGGCGUCUUCGCCAUGCUGUAAAGGAAGUGGGCGAAAUUUCAUCAGAAAUUGACGAGGCGAUGUUCUCCUAUGAGGCCAGUGCCGAGUUGCUGGCAGGGGUCAUGACUCCAGCAAACAUCACCAUGCUCAACAACGCAGAGCAGGAGAGCUUCCUGAUCCAAGUCACGCUUGGAUGCCUUGCAAACGCCCUCGGUCUCCCAGACGAGCGGGGCAGAUGGAUUCUGCCCAAUGAUGGGUCCACGCCAGCCCUCAUCCGCCAGCUGGAUGUCGACACUGUUCCGAGGGAUGCUAUGGCCGAAAUGGACGGACUGGAUUUGAGUCAAGAUCCCGGCAAGACCGAAGACACAAAUCAGGCCAUUGCAAUCGCCGAGGUGAUUGCGACCUUUGGCCAAGCUCUGUCCCAGGUAUCCAGGCUCCGUCGUCGCCUGGGCCAAGUCGGAAAUGCCAAAUGGGAGGAGGAGACGACUCUGGAACAAGCACGAGCCAAGUUGCAAGAGUCGCGCGUGGUGUUGAGCCAGAGCCAAGACGAGCUGGACAACCUGAAGGCACUGCAAGGCCUAGCUCCCAAGCAACAGCUACAGAGCUUCCAAACUGGUGGGCUAGCACCACAAAACAACGAGGCGGUGUCCUCUGCCGCGGUGACCUUUGCAGAUUUGGAUGCUGUUCCUCGCUCGGAGUCACUCUCGGACAGUUUCAAGGUCUCUCUGGUUCGUCCAGAGGGGGAGCCGGCAAACUCUGGGCAGAAGACGAUCGUGGAACAAGCCAGCCAGCAGCUGCUCAGUGAUGAAGAGCGGCAAACUUUGGAUGACUACGAUGCCAUCUUCGAAAAAUACUCUCUCUUCUGCAAUGGCAGGUGGCUGGGUGUCCAGGUUCUCCAAGACUCCCAGGACCUCUUGUACUUGCAGCACAUAGUGUAUAUGAAGAAGCCUGAUGUCAUCAUCGAAACGGGCACGUACAAGGGUGGGCUGACAUACUUCUUUGCAACGAUCCUAGACUGGAUCCAGCGAGAGGAGGAGACGGACAGACCCAGCUACGUUCUGUCAGUGGAUCGACAUCAUCCCGACUUAGUUUUUGCUGCGAACUGGUUCUGCCCACCCUGCGCUGACUGCGUACGUAGCUACACAACGCCAGUUUGGGGACGGAAGGUCCGCUUCAUACAGGGCCUGGCUGAUUCCCAGGAUACAUUCCAGGAAGUUGCCGGCAAUUUACAUGACCUUGGCCUGUUAGAACCUCCCAAAGGCGACAUCAAGGAGUCGAAGACGAUUGUUGUAAACUUGGAUGCGAACCACGAGUUCGAUGGUCUGCUGAAGGAACUCGUGUAUUACGCGCCAUUCGUCACCAAGAACUCUUAUCUUAUCGUGCAGGAUGCCAAACUGGACAAGAUCUGGGGCGCCGCAGGUCCUACUGCCGCGAUGCAGGCUUUUCUGCGGCUCUGUCCUCCUGGUGAGUUCGUGGUCGAAGAUGAGCUUAAGUUCCAUGCCUAUUCCCAGCACAUCUACCUUCGAAGAGCUCAAGUGACAGUGCCUCACUCUCACUUCAUGCAAGCAGCCAUGAAGGUCGCGGCUGGCACCGCCUAG